AUGAUGUUGGCUUCACGAGUCACCCAAGCAUGCUCUCGUCACUCGACGCAACUGCGUCGAGGCCUUCUUUCGAGUAGCAAGAGAAGCAUGUCAGCCUUUUUGGCUGAAUACGACGCCCAUGUUGCCGAACGAGCAGCCAUGGCCGGUGGAAUUGGAAUUGCUCCCAAACCAUUGGACGCCAGCCAGACCAGUUCUGUGAUUGAAGAGUUGAAAGCAGACAGUGGUAACGAGCGCUUGUUGGAGUUGCUCGUUCAUCGUAUUCCACCUGGCGUCGAUGAGGCUGCUUAUGUCAAGGCCACUUGGCUUUCGGCUCUUGCCAUGGGCAAGGAGUCGCACCCUUCCAUUUCACGUGUGUAUGCCGUAGAAUUGUUGGGAACCAUGCAAGGAGGUUACAACGUUGGCACUUUGGUGAGUCUUCUCAAGGACCCCGAAACUGAAAUUGCCGAAAGUGCUGCCAAGCAACUCUCCAAGACUCUUUUGGUCUUUGAUGCUUUUUAUGACGUCGAAGCCGCCGCCAAGGAAGGAUGCGCUCCCGCACAAAGCGUCAUGGAAUCCUGGGCUAAUGCCGACUGGUACCUCGCAAAGCCAGAGGUUCCAGAGACCAUGACUGCUACUGUCUUCAAGGUCACUGGAGAGACAAACACUGAUGAUCUUUCUCCAGCUCAAGAUGCCUGGAGUCGUCCCGACAUUCCACUUCACGGCUUGGCCAUGCUCAAGAAUACACGUGAAGGGAUCGUCCCCGAAGUGGAUGGUGAAAUUGGUCCUCUCAAGCAAAUGGAAGAACUCAAGGCUAAGGGAUACCCCUUGGCUUAUGUCGGAGACGUUGUUGGAACCGGAUCUUCCCGAAAGUCCGCCACCAACUCUGUCUUGUGGCACAUGGGUGACGACAUUCCUUAUGUCCCCAAUAUGCGUGCUGGAGGUUUGUGUCUGGGAGGAAAGAUUGCUCCCAUUUUCUUCAAUACCAUGGAAGAUUCUGGCUCUUUGCCAAUUGAAUUGGAAGUUGGUGACAUGAACAUGGGAGAUGUCAUUACUGUCCACCCACACGAGGGCAAGGUCACUCGCGAAGACGGAUCUGUCUUGACCGAAUUCGAGCUAAAGACCAAUGUCAUUUUGGACGAAGUUCGUGCCGGAGGACGUAUUCCUUUGAUUAUUGGACGUGGUUUGACUUCCAAGGCCCGUCUAUCUCUCGGCCAAGGUGAAGCCGUUGACGAUAUUUUCAGCAUGCCUGCUCCACCAUCUGACAUCAAGCCCAAGGGAUUCACUUUGGCCCAAAAGAUGGUCGGAAAGGCUUGCGGUAUGCAAGAGGGAGAAGGUGUUGUUCCAGGACAAUACUGCGAACCCAAGAUGACCACUGUUGGAUCUCAAGACACCACUGGUCCUAUGACCCGUGACGAGUUGAAGGCUUUGGCCUGUUUGGGAUUUUCCGCCGAUUUGGUGAUGCAAUCCUUUUGCCACACUGCUGCUUACCCCAAGCCAGUUGACGUCGUCACACAUCACACCUUGCCCGAUUUCAUCAUGACCCGUGGAGGAGUUUCUCUUCGCCCAGGUGACGGUAUCAUCCAUUCCUGGUUGAACCGUAUGCUUCUCCCCGAUACCGUUGGAACCGGUGGUGAUUCUCACACCCGUUUCCCCAUUGGUAUCUCCUUCCCUGCUGGUUCUGGAUUGGUUGCCUUUGGAGCUGCUACCGGUAUCAUGCCUUUGGAUAUGCCAGAAUCUGUCUUGGUUCGCUUCUCUGGAGAAAUGCAACGUGGUAUCACUCUUCGUGAUUUGGUCCAAGCCAUUCCAUACCAAGCCCUUCAAGAAGGGCUUUUGACCACCGAAAAGAAGGGAAAGAAGAAUAUCUUUUCUGGAAAGAUUUUGGAAAUUGAAGGUCUUCCUACUCUAAAGUGCGAACAAGCCUUUGAAUUGUCCGAUGCCAGUGCCGAGCGAUCUGCUGCCGGGUGCACCAUCAAAUUGGACAAGGAACCCAUCAUUGAGUACUUGAACUCCAACGUUGUCAUGCUCAAGUGGAUGAUCGCCGAAGGAUACGGUGAUGUCCGAACCUUGGAGCGUCGUAUUGCCCGCAUGCAAGAAUGGUUGGCCAACCCCGUCUUGAUGGAGGCUGACCCUGAAGCUGAAUACGCUGCUGUCAUCGACAUUGACUUGAACGAGUUGAAGGAGCCAGUCUUGGCCUUGCCAAAUGACCCAGAUGCCUCUGCAUUGUUGAGCGACUACAGCGGAACAAAGGUUGACGAAGUUUUCAUUGGAUCCUGUAUGACCAACAUUGGACACUUCCGUGCUGCCGGAAAGUUGUUGACCAACUUGGCGAAGCCACUUCCAACCCGUCUGUGGAUUGCUCCACCCACAAAGAUGGACGAAGCACAAUUGAUUGAAGAGGGAUACUACAGCACCUUUGGCGUCGCGGGAGCCCGAACCGAAAUGCCUGGAUGCAGUCUGUGCAUGGGUAAUCAAGCCCGCGUUGCCCCUGGAUGCACCACCGUCUCUACCAGUACCCGUAACUUCCCCAACCGUUUGGGACAAGGAGCUGAUGUCUUUUUGGCUAGUGCUGAGCUGGCUGCCAUUGCUUCCAUUGAGGGAGAAUUGCCAACUGUUGAAAAGUACUUGGAAUACAUGGACAAAGUUAACGCCACUGCCGCUGAUACAUACCGCUACUUGAAUUUCGAUGAACUGCCAGAGUUUGUCAAAAGUGCUGACACUGUUGAAAUCAGUGCAGAAAUGAUGGACGCAGCCAAGAGGCUCUCUGCUGAGUAA